UUAAACUUGGCACCGGACUCACCGCAGGCUGUUGUCCUCCGACUUCUCUGCUGUCUGAGGACCAGAUUGAGGACAAUGGGCCUGCUGAAUAUCAUCAGCUCUAUCAAAGACCGAGCUGAAAAGUUUCUAAAUGAGAAAAAUGUGGUGACGGAUAUUCUGGGAAAAAUGGAGGAGAAAACUGGGAUCAAGAAGAAGGUCAUUGCUCUUGGUGCCGUCUCGCUGACCGGACUCUACCUGGUGUACGGCUAUGGUGCCUCCCUCCUCUGCAACCUGAUUGGUUUUGUUUAUCCAGCUUAUUAUUCAGUCAAAGCCAUCGAAAGCCCGUGCAAAGAAGACGACACAAAAUGGUUGACCUACUGGGUGGUGUACGGCGUCUUCAGUCUGGGCGAGUUCUUCUCUGAUAUUUUCCUCUACUGGUUCCCAUUUUACUACGCUUUUAAGUGUCUCUUCUUACUCUGGUGCAUGGCCCCAGUGUCCUGGAAUGGCUCACAGAUUAUCUACAACAAAGUGGUUCGGCCUGCCUUCCUUCGCCAUGAGGCCACAGUGGACAACAUGGUCAGCGACCUCAGUGGGAAAGCCAUGAGUGCUGCCGAGAACCUCACCAGAGAAGUCCUGACCACUCUGGUGAAGAAUAAAGCCGUGAUCACACCAUCGCCACCUGUUGCUCAGUCUGAAGCUAAAAGUUUACCAAGUACAUCAGGAGAAACAUCCACAGCUAAAGUUGGUCCAUCAGAGAUGAGCGAAGAAAGAAGAUUCUUUAGAUAGCAGCAGAGGAAGAAGAGGAGCCUUGGUGAGGAAGAAAAGGAGGGAAAGAGGGUUUUUCCUCAUCAUCCUGACAGAUUUCAACAGGAUUGUUACGUCUGUCAAAGAGACUGAUUUCCUUUUUUAAAAAAUCAUGUUGUAGUUGUGCAGCAGCACAUUGUGAAAAGAUCUUUUUACUUCUUUGUUUCAAGAUUUCUGGGAACAAUUAUUUUCUUCUUUUCUUCUUCUUCUUUUUUUUAAGUUAUUAAAUCUUUUCUAUGCAAACCUCCUGAAUCUGGAUUAUAAAUAACUCACAGAAGCUGUAUUGUUGCCCUGGAUUUUACUUGUUUCUAUUGUCCUGAUUCAGAUAGAAGACCCAGAAUCUAAACGUCUGCUAAAGUAAAUCAAGCUCACAUCCACACUUCAUAAGAAUAAGUUAAAAGUUCACAUUUAAAGAUUCUUAAUGAAAUAAAAUGAAGUGUUGGUUUUGUUAUAGGCUGGUCUGACCUAAGUUUGUGGAAAUUGUUAGCUGGCUGGACUCUUUGGCUCAGUCUGUCAAAGUCUUUGCAGAUGUGAUCAUUUAUUUUCAGACUCGGGCAGCUAAAGACUUUUUCCAUCAUCUGCACUUAAAUUCUUUCCAAAUACUUGAAUGAACUGGCUUCAGCAGAAAUGAUUUCUGUUUUGUCUUAAUUGCAGCAUCUACUGUUUAGCACAACGCUUGCCGCACUGCUUUUUUUGGCGCCCAAGGAUUCCAAUUAUUUCUCUUCGUGACUCGCUCUGCCCUCUGACUAGUUUGACUUUAGAUGAGUAGCUUCUUUAUUCUUCUCAUAGAAUAAAUAACAAAAGUUUUGUGUUGCCAGGGAGAUCUGUUAUUAAGGUGUAUCAUGACUAUAACAAGGCAAAAAUGGACAGUAUUCUAGUAAUCAGAAGCUCAUAGUCACAUUCUUUGGGUGCAAAGAAAUACGUCCUGUGUUCCUGGAUAAUACUGUGUAAUCACAGUAAACAGGUGUACUAGAGUAGACCUGUUCCUAUUUGAGAUGAAUGAGAUAAAUGAAUGCUUUUGUGCUAUUCUGAGCUAAGCAGAGUCAUGGAGCUGGAAAUGAGAUCCACUUUACAUGAGAACUGUGCAGAAUAAUUCAAUUUUCACUCUUCAGCUAAACGGCUUCUUUAAUGUGUUCACAUGUUUGCACAUUGUUGUGUUAGACUGUGACAUGCUCACCUGAUGGACUUUGUAACAGCAGCAGUUGGCUCUGUACUUGUCUGCAUGUUUCUCCUGUUCGUACAGUAAAAUCUAACCUCACUGUGUCACACA